AUGGGAUUUUUCGUUCAUCCGACUUGGAAUGAUAAAAUUGGAAAGAUGGUUGCUAAUCAAGGUAUUAGUGAUCAACGUGAAGCAACCAAAUGGGUUCGUGAAAAUAUUGCUCAAUUUCGAGAUGAUCGAGGUUCGAUUACUCUCAUGGGUGGAUCAUCUGGAUCACGAAUUUCAAUUCCUCACUGCUUACCAAAGGAUGAUGAUACAGUCAUUUUGUUCGAUUGUGAUAAAGUAUCGGCAAUGUAUGUUAAAAUCUUCGGUGCUUAUUUCGGUCUGGAUGUUACCUGUACAGCAGGAAAUAAAUAUUUUGCCACUCGAUCCAAUUGUAAAAAAAAAGAAUUUGUUCCAAAGGAAUACAGCUGA